AUGCGCUGGUCUCUAGCGCUCGCCCUCCUUGCGGGAGUGGCCUGGGCCGAGGAUACUACAUCCACUACGUCCUCAUCUUCAUCCGAAUCCUCAUCCUCCUCCGAUUCCACAUCCACAGACACCUCCAUAGCCCUGUCCGGUGCCACAACUAUAACCGAUGCUACUGCUGCCGUACCAACCGGUAGCUACGAGGUCUACGGUACUACAAUUACCCUGGCCGAUGGAGAUCAUCUCACCUCCACCAUCACCCAGAACUCUUCCGCGACAACCUCCGGCAAUGGCACCGUUGUCACAACUACUUCAAACUCCGUCACACUCUUGGUCGGAGGUGCCGGAACCACCACUCUUGGCAAUUCCAGCAUGAAUGCGACCGCGACAACUUCCAGCACAUCCACCGCCGUGGCUACCAACACUCGCCCAUGUAACAGCUAUACUGAGUACUGCGAGCGCAAAUACUCCAACAUCACCAUGGUUGCUGCACACAACAGCCCAUUCGUGCGCAAGGGCAAUGCUGCCGCCAACCAAGAUUAUACUGUGAAGUACCAACUGGACGAUGGAGUUCGCAUGCUGCAAUUCCAGGCCCACAACCAAAAUGGAACGAUGGAACUCUGUCACACAUCUUGUUCCAUGCUCGACGUCGGCACCCUAGAGGCCUACCUGGUCACUGUGACCGAGUGGAUCCGCAAUAACCCCUAUGAUGUUGUAACCCUGCUCAUGGGUAACUACGACUAUGUCUCACCAAGCCACUUCGUGGAUCCCAUCAAGUCAUCCGGCCUGUACGAUUACGUCUACACUCCAUCGGUGGUCCCGAUGGCCCUGGACGACUGGCCCACUCUCUCCGAGAUGAUCAUCACCGGCAAGCGUGUCGUGGUUUUCAUGGACUACCAGGCUAAUCAAACCGCGUACCCAUGGUUGAUGGACGAGUUUUCCCAGCUCUGGGAGACUCCCUUCUCCCCCACGAGUCGCGAUUUCCCUUGCACUGAGCAGCGUCCUCCGGGUAUCACCGAGGCCCAGGCCAAGAACCGCAUGUACAUGGCUAACCACAACUUGAACAUCGAGUUGAGUCUUGGUUCCAUUGAUCUGCUGAUUCCCAACUCUGCCGUGCUCAACGAGACCAAUGCGGUCAGUGGCUAUGGUAGCUUGGGUAAGAUGGCAAGAAACUGCUCUGCUAAAUGGGAACGCCCCCCUAACUUCCUCCUGGUCGAUUACUACAACGAUGGUAACUUCAAUGGAUCUGUCUUUGAAGUCGCCGCCGAGAUGAACAAUGUCACCUACAACAACCAGUCCUGCUGUGGAACUGCAUCUGCCGCCGUGCCCGGCAUGUCCGCUGUCAGCUUCUCGACCGUUGUCCUAGUGGCAGCUGGUGUGCAGUUCUUCUUGUCGGCGUUUUAA